GUUGAGUCUAGUUAUUACUCAGCACGGGGCGCUGGCGGGAGGCGCAGGCAGGCAGCAGCGUGAGAGAGCUGCUGCAUGGAUGAAAGGGCCUCCUGAGGGGCAGCAGAAGGACCAGAACGGUAAUACUGGGCGGGGGGGGGCGGUCUGGCUGAGCGGCUGCCGGGCUCUGGCUCUGCCUGGGCCAGCUGGGUGUUGGGAGGGGGGGCAGCUGGCAUAUGCUGGGAAUCCUGAGGAGUGCCUUAUCCCCCCCCCCCGCCUAGUAAUUGCAGGGGAGGAGCCCUUGGCUCCCUUCCUCCCUCCCCGGGGGCACCACGGCCGCCGGCGCUGGGCCAUUCCCUUACCCAGGAGAAGCUCUCCGGCCAGCAGCCGGACCCAGCUGCAGCAGCCCGCGACCCCCAGAUCUGGACGUGGGGCCAGGCUGGCUAUUACCUAGAAAGCCCUUAAGGCUUUGGCCCAGGGGAUUGAAGAGAGUGCCUCCUCCACCAGAAGCCCCCCUGCCGCCUGCUGAGAUGAGCAGGGGAGGUCUGCUGGCGGUUGUUUGGAGCCGGGCCUUCUUCUCCAGAGCUUGCCCAUCUCUGGCUACCUUUAAGAAAGCUCUUUCUUCAGGCUUUUAGUUUUUUUCAAAACUAUACUGUUUUAAUUGUUUCGGUGGGUUUUCUUUUAAUGGUUUUAAUUUGUUUUAAUUUCUAUGUAAACUGUCUGAAGAUGUUUUGUAUCAGGCAGUUUAUAAAUUCCAUAAAUACAUAAAACGAUGUCUGAGCCAGUUUGCCAUUGUGCUGGAAUGUAAUCAUUAGCCCCCUAAGCAAGACCUUUUAAAAUCACACAGCUAUGAAAGAGGAGAGGUGCCUGAAAUGACAAUGUCUGAAUUGACCCCACGGUUUCAGGAGCGAGCUAUGAAACUCGGUUGUCUGUGUCUGGGCGUUUUUCUUUUGUUUUGAAAGACAACGCAUUAAACUUGCAGGGCGAUUCAUGAUCCAUCACAUCCUUGUGGGCUUCAGCCCAAACCUUCCAAGAGCUCAGCUCUGUCACCUAGUCAUACUUUGCCAAAUCUUGCCCAAGUCUGCUCCAUCAUCAGAGGCAAUGGCAUUUUCCUUGAAAUCCUUGCUUUGUGGGAUUUUCUUGAUGAUGAUACUUGCAGUGCCAGUAAUCGUUUCUGUGCCAAGUAAAUGAACUUUCUGUAUAUAAAUAUAGGUGAACUUAGCAGCAGCAGCAACAAAACAUCAACCUUGUCAUUUCAGAUGCAAAAAGCCUUCUGAAAACGGUCUUUGGCUAUUGUAGUUGGGGAUGAUGACGGCAGGGAAGGACCCAGUUUGAGAACCCUUGUUCUAAAGUACUAUGGCUAUUUAUACAGUGCUCUUGGUUUACAUAGAUAUAAAGAAAGAAAUAAAAUGGCUCCCUGUCCCCAAAGGGCUCACCAUCCAACAAGAAACACAAGGCAGAUACUAGCAACAGCCACUGGAGGGAUGCUGUGCUGGGGGUGGAUCGGGCCAGUUGCUCUCCCCCUGCUCAAUCAAGAGGAUCACCACUGUAAAAGGGGCCUCUUUGCUCAAUUUGCAGGGGUCUACUAACUGUAAUCAGUAAUACUUUCAAGGAGGAUCACAGCUGUUGCAUUAAGUUGUUGUAGUAAAAAAAAGUCCUGCGGUAGAUCCUGAAGAGCUGCCUAGUGGCAGAAGCAUUUGUGGACUCCCGUCCAUUUUGUCAGAAGUGCUCUGAGUUCCUGCUUUCAUCCGCAACAGCUUCUGCAAUGAGACAACUACAGUAUGCAGUCAUAUUUUCAGGAAGCAAGUCGGUCAGAACGUGGAGGAGGAGGAGGAGGAGGAUGCAGGUCCCGGCUCUUCUGUGGCGGCUGCUGCUGCUUCAGCAGGCCUCCGCUUGCUGGAAUCUGACCUGUUUCGCCGACUACCUCCAGACACUGACUUGCCUGCGGCAGGAAAACGACCUGGGCGGCAGCAGCAGCGGGACUCGCUACAACCUCACGGCAAGCUGGGACUGCGGGGCCAGAGGCCGCUGCUCCUUCCGCGCCGGGGCCGCCACCGCCACCGCCACCCGCAGGCAAUACGACUGCUUCGCCGAGCAGAGCAGCUGCAUCAGCAUCAACGCCUUCCACGUGGAGGCGGCCCCCGCGGCGCUCGCGGGCGACCGGGAGCAGCCGCAGCCGCAGCCAUCGCCGAGGUGCCGGUGGAGCUUCAGCUUCCGAGAACACAUCAAGCCCCAGCCCCCUUUCAGCCUGAGGGCGGAAGCCUCCCUGGAGGGCUACAACAUCUCCUGGAAGACUCCCUACCAGCAGCCCGGAAAGCCCAGCGACCUGGACGGCCAGCUGCAUUACGAGCUGCGUUAUCGGCAGAGGGGCCACCCCUGGCAGGGACAGAACCGGAAGCAGCUCCUGCAGGACACGCACCACUUGUGGCUGCUGCCCCAGGAGCUGGUGGAGGACACGGAGUACGAGCUGCAGGUGCGGGCAGGGCCAGGGGAGCAGUCCCUCUACAAGGGGGCCUGGAGCGAGUGGAGCGCCCCCCCAGCCGUCCUCAGGACCCUGCCGCCCAAGGCUUCCAGAAGCAAAGCAGGAGCCCCGUGGCUGGUUGCCCCCUUCAUUCUGCUCAGCCUGUUUGCUGUCCUCCUGGCCUACUGGGGCCGCCACCAGAGGUUGUGGAAGCUGGACCUUGUCAUCCCCAGCCCGGCCCCCUUCUUCCAGCCCCUCUAUCUGGUCUACAAUGGAGACUUCAAGAAGUGGGUCGGCACCUCCUGCUCUGGAGCAGCGCUGGACGUUUUUCAGUGGGGCACCAUCCUGCCGGAAGCGUGUGGCCCCCAGGGCCUCUCCCCAAGUCCUGCUCAGGAGCAGUGGCCUGGGGGCCCUUUGCCCCCCCUGGAGGCUGCCACGCCCGGGGAGGAGUCCUGCGGCCACCUCUCCAUCGACACGGUCACCGUGGCAGGCGAAGAUGGCUGCAGCUGUGGCACCGGCCCCUGCUGUGCUCUGGGGCAGCAGCAGCAGGAGGAGGAGGCAGCGGCUGAGCGGGAUGCCUACCGUGGCAUAGAUCUGGAGGGCAGCCUCCUCGGUGGGGGCGGCGGCUGGCCCCUCGCGAGUGGGGUGCCGCAGAGCGGGUCCUGGGCCAGAGGAGAGCUCCCUGCUUUCCUGGGCAGAAACUUUGGGGAUGGGGUGGAGCUCCGGGGCCUGCCCCCGGAGCCCUGGGGCUCGGGAGAGCCGCCCCUCCGCCGCUCCUCUCCGGGUGAGGAAAGGUCCCCCUACGGCAGCCUGCUGCUGCUGCUGCUCUCUCCGGGCUGGGAUGCUGACGGUGACCCGGCCAAGGGCCUCGACCUGGACACCGUGGACAGCGGCUUUGCCGACUCCGAGUGUGGGAGCCCCGUGGACUGUGAGUUUGAGAGGAGGCCCCUCGAAAGUGGCUCUGAGCCCAGCACCACCCCCGGAGGGGGAGGGGGCCCGGCGGAGUUCCUGCCCAGCUACGUCAGGCAGUGGGUGUCCUGACACAGCGGGAGCCGAGCCCCCGGCCAGGGUGGCUGCACUCCCCCCCCCGCCCCGUUGCUUGCCGCUGCGUCUCUUCCCUGGCUCCCUGGGCCGGGGUGGUCCCUUCAGCUUGAAAGGGGCCGUGUGUUCAUCAACUGCCCUGAAGUCCUUGAAGCCCUCUCGCUGAGAAGGUGGAAGCAUCCAGCCGCCGGGACUGAGGCCAUAGCUGAAGAAAGGCCCCCACCCGCACCUGCCCACCCGUGAGGGGAGAUGGACUCGGGCACCAGCCUCGGAGCGGCCAGUGCUGGCCUCUGCUCUUGCCGCCCUGUGUGGCCACGGCUGGUCCCCCACCUGGAUGCGCCUCUCUGGGCGCCCCCCUCCCUCUCCUCCUUGCUGCAGUCUUGGGCUUCUGUUUGUUGCAAGGCCCCAUUCGAGGACCACGACGUCUGGAGUUCCCUCCCAAACAACCCAGGUUUCUCUUGUUGCCAAUAAACCUUUCCCCCAA